AUGCUCCUGAAGGCACCUCUGAUUCUGGGGCUCAUUGUACUGGUGCCUCAUGUCUGCAGUUCUGCCUUUAUGGACAUUGGUAGUAGAACAAAUUACUUCGUCUUGUGUGUUGAGUUUGCGGUGUUUCAUUUCAACCAAGUCUACCCAGAUGAGUAUGCGUAUAAGCUGCUGUGGGUGCGGCGAAGCCAGCGCAAGCAAUUUACCUUGAUAUAUUUAAUGGAGUUGGAAUUGGGCCAAACCAUUUGUACAAAAGAGGAUGAAGAUCUGGAAAACUGCCCCUUGCAAGAAGGCCCGGAAGAGAAAAAGUUGGACUGCACCUUUAUUGUGGAUGCCAGACCAUGGCUUUCCCAGUUCUUCCUCCUGAACAGUACCUGUGUGCAGAAAUAG